CAACGCUGGGAGCGGGCGGAAAUGGGGCUCCAGUCCCGCGGCGCGGCCGCGGCGGGGCUGGGGGCCGUGAGCGCCGUCGUCCGCCCGGGCCCACCCGUCGUUGUCCCCAACCCCAUCCCGACCCUGCCGCCCGAGGGGGCGGCCCCGGGGAGCAGCCGCGUCCCCGGCAUGGUACUCAAGGCCUUCUUCCCCACGUGCUGCGCCUCGGCGGACAGCGGCCUCCUGGUUGGACGGUGGGUCCCCGAGCAGAGCAGCGCUGUGGUCCUGGCCGUGGUGCACUUUCCCUUCAUCCCCAUCCAAGUCAAGGAGCUCCUGGCGCAGGUGCAGCAGGCCGGUCGGGUGGGCCUGGCCGUGCUGGGCACCUGGUGCCACCGCCAGCAGGAGCUGGAGGAGAGCCUGGGCCACUUCCUGGAGGGCCUGGGCGCAAUCUUCUCCCACGAGCCCUGGCUCCAGCUGUGCCGGGAGCCGGGCAGCAAGCUCUGGAGCUGUAAGUACACCCGCCGGCAGGCGCCCCCCGGCCCUGCCGCCCCUGGCGAGGACCAGAUCAUGCUCAUCUUCUACGACCAGCGCAAGGUGCUGCUGUCCCAGCUGCACCCUCCCGCCGUGCUGCCGGACCGCCAGGCCGGAGACGCCCUGGCCAGCGUGGGGGGCCUGGCCACUGUCUUCGACACGGUGGCACGCAGCGAGCUGCUCUUCCAAAGUGACCGGUUCGGUGAGGGCCCUGUGCGGCUGAGCCACUGGCAGUCGGAGGGCGUGGAGGCCAGCAUCCUCGUGGAGCUGGCCAAGUGGGCAGCGGGGCCCGUCUGCCUGCUGCUGGCCUCCUUGCUGUCGCUCAUCUCAGCUGCCAGUGCCUGUCGGGUGUUCAGGCUGUGGCCGCUGUCCUUCAUCUGGAGCAAGCUCUCCACGUGCGAGCAGCUCAGACACCGGCUGGAGCAGCUCACGCUCAUCUUCAGCACCCAGAAAGCCAGGAGCCCUGCCCAGCUGAUGAGGAAGGCCAACACGCUUGUCUCUGUGCUCCUGGACGUGACCCUUGGCCUCCUGCUGCUGUCCUGGCUCCACAGGAAGGACCGCAUCGGGCAGCUGGCCGACGCCCUCAUCCCCGUGGCUGAUCACGUGGCCGAGGAGCUCCAGCACCUGCUACAGUGGCUGAUGGGCGCGCCCGCAGGGCUCAAGAUGAACCGGGCCCUGGACCAGGUGCUGGGCCGCUUCUUCCUGUAUCACAUCCACCUGUGGAUCAGCUACAUCCACCUCAUGGCCCCCUUCAUCGAGCGCAUCCUGUGGCACGUGGGCCUCUCGGCCUGCCUGGGCCUGACGGUGGCCCUGUCCAUCCUGUCGGACACCAUCGCGCUCCUCACCUUCCACAUCUACUGCUUCUAUGUCUACGGCGCCAGGCUGUACUGCCUGAAGAUCUGCGGCCUGUCCUCGCUCUGGCGCCUGUUCCGAGGGAAGAAGUGGAACGUGUUGCGCCAGCGGAUGGACUCCUGUUCCUACGACCUAGACCAGCUGUUCAUCGGGACACUGCUGUUCACCAUGCUCGUCUUCCUGCUGCCCACCACGGCCCUGUACUACCUGGUGUUCACACUGCUCCGGCUCCUGGUGGUCACCGUGCAGGGUCUGAUCCAUCUGCUUGCGGACCUCAUAAACUCCCUGCCGCUGUACUCGCUCGGCCUCCGGCUCUGCCGGCCCUACAGGCUCGCGGCCGGCGUGAAGUUCCGGGUCUUGGAGCAUGAGGCUGGCAGGCCUCUCCGCCUCCUGAUGCAGAUAAAUCCCCUGCCCUACAGCCACGUGCUGAACACCUACCGCCUUCCCAGCUGCGGCUGCCACCCCCAGCACUCCUGGGGCUCCCUGUGCCGCAAGCUGUUCUUCGGGGAGCUCAUCUACCCCUGGAGGCAGAGAGGGGACAAGCAGGACUGAGGGACCCUUGCCACGGCCCGUCUAGUGGCGCCUCCACCGGCCAGGGUGUCAGGGCAGCACAGGUCCCUGCUCUCGGCCCUCCCUGCUGCCGGUCGUCUGGGGCCUCUGCAGGCCGGGGGCCCGGGCCCCACCCUUCACAUCUCCCCCGACUCCGAGGUCACGGGAGUGAUUCAGGAUGCGGGUGUGGCCCCCGGGCCAGCGGGCUGUGCUCCAGAAAUAGCGUGUUUGCCUCGACACACACCUGCUCAUCUGCUGUGAUGGCCCGUUUGUCAGCCCUGUGCCCCUGAGCCCCCCAGGCCUGCCUGGAAGCCCGUCCUGCGCCCACCCCCCAGUCUACACCCAGACUCCUGCCUCUGCCCACAUGCCCGUUCCCAGUGGGGUGAGCUGGCCGGUCUCCCUGGCUGCUCCCCAGCGUCCGUCCUGCCAUGGGGCGGAGGGACCCUUCCCAGGGCGGGCUCGGCAGUCCUUGAGACUCGGGUGUUUUCUGCAGGAUGCUCUUGGAUCCCCAGUGCCUUCCAGCAGCCUCAAUGGAGCAACACCCAGCCAAUUUGGGGGAUCCAGGCCACGGCUGACCCCCAGCCCAAACCAGCAGCCCCAGGGAGCUGGGCAGCGCUGCCCUUGGGCCCUGGUUUGCACUGGGCUUGCUUGAUGUUCCUGCAGGCGGUACUUUGCAGGUGGAGCUGCCCGCAGCCUUUGGGUGUCCCUGUGUAAAGCCAGGCCACCUGGGGUACCUGGAAAAGGCAGCAGACGGCCCUCCUCGGCCCCCGUUCUUGCUCUGUACCCCUGCAGGGACAGGUCCCUUGGCCCUAUCUUCCAUCUCACUCAUUGGCUUCUUGCAGAGGCAGGCAGCUCCUGGGCAGACGCUUCUGCAGCCCCCAGGGAGGGCGUCCUAGCACUUAGGCUGCAGCUGCCUGCUGGCCACAGGCGGAAGCUGAGUGUGGGUGGGGGCCCUGGAAUCCCUGGGGAGGAAGCCUGAAGGUGCGGUUGUGUCACGUAGGAUGUGUCAUCUUGGUGUUGGAGGCAUCCCUCAGCACUGUCCACUUCUGCCGCCCCUGCUUCUUAGCUGUGGGUCACAGUGGGGGCAUCCUGGGGGCAUCCCCCAGCCCAGUGGCGGGCAGGCGGGUCCUGGCUCUGUCUUUUUCUGAUGGGACAAUAAAGCCUCCCACUUGUUCA